AUGUCGGACCUACAAAACAACUGUGAUGAUCUGCCACGGGAACAUGAUUGGUUGAAGGUAAACGUAUCGGCCCGUGUGGAUUCAUCAGAGAUGCCUUCCACGGCGGCUCAUUAUUGCACUUCCUCAAAUGAGGAUAAUUCCGUUCAUAAUAGCGUCGUCAAACCACAACACGUGCAGGACAAUCCUCAUGGCACCCGUGAGGGUGGGGAAAAAGACCACCAGCAGCACCGUUCCCUUUCUCCUCAGCAAAGCCGUUCUUCUAGGACGCUUCCCAACGCUUUCAAGGAGGAUGUCAACCCUAAGAAGGCUUGCUCCUCGGUUUCUGGCGCUCGCGGCAUCCUUUCAAUGCUUAAAAUUUACAAAAAGCCACAUGAUGAUUAUCUGGUGUAUCGGCGGAGUUUGCCUUUUAACACGGUCGUUCCGGAGCCACCUCACACAUUUCGUGAUUAUGUCGCAGCGGUUUUAAACUAUUUUCUUGCUAAAACAAUUUAUAUUUUUGUUCUCAUCGCCUUGAGUCCUUUUUGGAUUGUGGCGCACAUUGUUUUAACCUGGUUGGAUCGGUAUCAACGCCGUGCGUGGCUAAACUAUCACCGCAGCUGGCCGCAUCGUAGCCAACCCCACAUACGGCCCGUGAGGUACGCCCCGGAUGCAUCCUUCCCGCUUGAAAACUGGCAUCUGCGUUGCGAGGAUGGACGGCAGAGAUGGUAUUAUGGGGAACCCUUGCAGCAAGUGGAGCAGGGGAACGAGUGGGCGCACGCACAGGUUUGCGGCUUCCCCGACCUCGAUUCUUACCACGCCUGCCUGGGUGAGAAGGCCACCCCAAGUUCGAGGCCGAAGUCGGAUUCCGAGCACCUCAGCGCGAAGCAGCAGCAUCGACGCGAGCUCGAGCGGUAUCAACUUGGACUGCACGAGCCGUCAGGGCGCCGACCACGGGAGACGUCGGAGCAGGCGAUGCAGGAUGGAUUGAGUUUUCUGAUGCGGCUUCAGGAUCCCUUUUCCGGGCAUUGGCCGAAUGGUUAUGGCGGGUGCUUGUUUUUAACCCCGGGUGUUCUCUUCACGAAGUUUAUCGUCGCCCAUGGGAACCUUGAUCGGAUGUUCCCUCAGCCGAAAUCGCACCAACACGUGCGGCGGGAGCGACGCGGAGAGGGGGGUUUCGACGGGGCAUCUGGCAGCCUGGCGGGGGCGCCGCCCAUGGGCGACGAUCUCCCCCCUUGUGGUGCGGAUGGGCGCGCGAAGGAUGAGGUGCCGUGUGUUUGCGGCGAGGCCACCCGUCUCGAGUUAAUUCGAUAUAUACGCAACUACCAAAACGACGACGGGGGUUGGGGGCAGCACACGGAAGGGCAUAGUACAAUGCUUGGGACGGUUCUUAAUUAUAUCGCGCUGCGCAUGAUGGGAGUGGCGGCGGCGGAUCUGUCGAUGGCUUCCGCGCGGCGAUGGAUCCACGCCGAAGGCGGGGCGGUGUACACGCCGCUCUGGGGGAGGAUAUGGCUUUGCAUUCUCGGGCUCUUCAGCUAUGACGGGGUGAACCCCUUGUCGCCGGAGCUGGUGCUGCUCCCGAGGUGGAUCUCGUUCUCGAUCGGCCGCUCGUGGUGCCACAGCCGCGUCAUUGCGAUGUCUUUUUUGUAUUUCUAUGGUCUUCGUUGGAGCGCGUCGCGACAUCCACUCCUCGAGGCCCUGAAGGAGGAACUUUUCGUUCAGCCAUUUCACACUAUUUGUUGGCGGCGCUAUAGGUACGAGGUGUGCCCCAAGGACCUCUACACACCCGUCUCGAGGACUUACAAAGUGUUUUGUAAGGUCCUCGAGCUGUAUGAGCGACGCCCCAUCUCUUUCCUGCGGCGGUAUGCGUUGGAGAAGAACUGGCAGCACAUCGCCUACGACGACGAGAACACGCAUUUUAUCUGCCUCGGACCGGUUAACAAAAGCCUAAACAUGCUCGUAACGUGGAUCCGGGAGGGGGAGAACAGCGUGCGGUAUCAGCUUCACCGGCAGCGCGUAGACGACUACUUCUUUAUGUCGCCUUAUGGCAUGCACAUGAGUGGAUAUAACGGCUCCCAGCUCUGGGAUACGAGCUUCGCGGUGCAGGCGACAUGUGCGUGUAAAAGCGAAAUGCUUUUUGCGAAUGAAAUGGCCUUGGCGCAUCACUAUAUCGAUAUUGCUCAGGUUCGCGACGACCCCAUUCAAAAAGACUACUUUUACCGCCAUCGCACGAAGGGAGCGUGGAACUUCUCGACGAAGGAUCAGAGCUGGCAGGUGUCUGACUGCACUGCGGAGGGGCUUCGGGCGGUGCUACUCCUAAGGCACAUGCCUUUUCCUACUGCUCGUAUUUUUGAUGCCGUUGAUGAGAUUCUCUCGCUUCGCAAUUCAAGUGGCGAUGGUGGAUGGGCCUCGUAUGAACCCAGCCGUGCUCCGCAUUACUGUGAGUUACUUAACUGCUCAGAGAUGUUCAAAGACGUGAUGGUAGAGUAUUCCUACGCCGAGUGCAGUAGCAGCAGCAUUCACACCCUCUCAUUAUUUCGAGAGCAGUUUCCUUAUUACCGGCGCAGUAGCAUCGACACCGCCAUCAGCGAGGGCAUCGCCUACAUCUUUUCAACUCAGAAUCCGGAUGGGAGUUUUUACGGAAGCUGGGGUGUUUGCUUCACCUAUGCCGCCUGGCUCGUUUCGGAUGCGCUGCGCAUCUCCAAAGAGUUUUCAAACAUAGCGGACCACCCACGCUGUCGGUUGCUUGCUGACUUUCUGAUGAGCCAUCAGAAUAAUGACGGUGGCUGGGGUGAGGAUAUUAACGCGUGUGUACGCCAGGAAUGGGUUGACAACCCAGAUGGCAGCCAAGUGGUGAACACUGCGUGGGCAGUUAUGGCAAUCAUGAACGUAUCUGGAGAUCCCAACCACUCCAGUUAUGCACGGUGGCAUCAGAUCGCCUCCGCGGUGGAGCGAGGUAUUCAACUCAUUAUGUCAAGGCAGCUGGCGACGGGUGAUUGGGCUCAGGAGCGGCUCAGCGGCGUGUUCAAUGGUAAUAACGCUAUUCAUUACCCAGGAUACAAGAACACGAUGACGGUAUGGGCUCUAGGCAUGUACAACACUUGGAAGAAAAAUUUUAAGAGGAAUCCAGACGAAUACUGA